GGGCAGCGCAGAUCCACAGCCUCCGGCUAUCCAUCGCGCUCGAAGCCGGCCGAUCGGGGGAGCGCAGCAGCAGGCGGGCCACGCCGCCGCCCUGCUCGUCUGCUCCCUCCUCCGUGAUGGCCGACCUCGACGCCGACGCCAACAACCAUGAUCCCGAGCACAGGACGCGCUCGGCGUCCUCGUCAUCGGAGGCCGACGACGUCGACACGGACGCCAACAACCAUGAUCCCGAGCACAGGACGCGCGCAUCGUCCUCAUCAUCGGAGGCCGACGACCACGACGCGGCCGGCAAGACGCCCAUCAUCCCGCUGUGCCCGUCCCCGGCGCGCCACCACGCGGGACACGCGCUCGAGGAGCCGCCUCGGCGGAAGGCGCCGCACCGCCGGUCCCGUCCCGUUCGGAUGUUCAAGAGCAUGUGCCGGUCGCUGCCGCUGCUGAACCCGCGGUGCGGGGGGACGAUGCAUCCCGGUGCGUGCCGCAUCGCGCCGGCGUCGUCGCAUCCCGCCACCGCGCCGUCGGACUCGAGCUCGCUGCUGUCGCAGCUCAUCGCGCAUUCCUCCUUCGGCGGCGCCGCGUCGUCCCGGCACCGCCUCACGGGCACGCUCUUCGGCUACCGCGACGGCCGCGUGUCGCUGUCGCUGCAGCAGAACGCGCGGUGCCAGCCCACGCUGGUCGUGGAGCUCGCGCUCCCGACGCACGCGCUGCUCCGCGAGCUCGGCGCCCACGCGGGCGCGCGCAUUGUGCUGGAGGUCGAGAAGCGCGCGGAGCAUCAGGGCGGCGCUGGCGAUGCCGGCGCCGGGGCUCACGACGGUAACGAAGCCAUCGCCGCCGUCGGCGAGGGCGGCGGCGCCCACGGCUUCAGGCGCCACGACGACGAAGGGUGGGUGCUGGAGGAGCCCAUGUGGACCAUGUUCUGCAACGGCAAGAGGGUGGGCUACGCGGUGCGGCGGGACCCCACCGAGGACGACAUCGCCGUGCUGGAGACGCUGUGGGCGGUCACCAUGGGCGGCGGCGUGCUCCCAGGCAGGUCGGACGUGGACGGCCCCGACGGCGAGAUGGCGUACAUGCGCGGGAGCUUCGAGCACACCGUCGGGUCCCGGGACUCGGAGUCGCUCUACAUGGUCGGACCGCCCGGCGGCGACUGCCCGGAGCUCGCCAUCUUCUUCGUUAGGCUAUGAAUGAACCAUAGUACCAAACGAACAUGCUACAGUGUACACGUCGCGCUCGUGGUGUCUAAUCUCUCUCGUCUGGUCUCGUUCGUUGUUCAGCCGCAGCUACCAGCUAGCGUCGUCAGAAAUAUUCAUUGCCCCAUCAACAGAUUACUGUAUCACACAUAA